AAAACACCAAUUUAUUAUCACUUGAGUUGUUGAUUCGAAUAGACGUUUCUCGAAAUGGUGAGCAAAGUAGCAAUUUUCGGUGGUACUGGUAUGACUGGGUCAUGCGUUGUUGAAUAUGCAUUACAAAAAGGUCUUUCGGUUCGACUGUUGUAUCGCACCGAAGAAACGGUUGAACCAUUCAAGAAUCGAGACAAAGUGGAGCUGAUCAAAGGUGAUGUUACAAAUGUCCAAGAUGUUGAAAAUGUGUUGACUGGCACGGAUGGUGUGGUGGUUACCCUGGGUACACGAAACAAACUCGAACCAACCACGGUUCUAUCGACGGGCCUAACAAACAUCGUAAAUGCCAUGGAAAAAGUAAAACUGCGCAAAAUAUCUGUGUGUUUAUCGUCAUUUUUAUUCUGGGAUCAAGAUAAAGUGCCAAAACAAUUUGAGCAUUUGAAUGCUGAACACAAACGUAUGUUGGAUAUUAUAAAGGCAACAUCGUUAGAUUACAUUGCCAUAUUGCCACCGCACAUUGCCAAUGAGCCAUCGUCGGAGCAUAAAAUUCUACACGAUCAAUCGCCCGGUCGUGUCAUUUCGAAAUUUGAUUUGGCCAAAUUUUUCAUCGAUUCCCUGGAUCUAUCGGAACAUUAUGGCAAAGUAUGUGGCAUCGCCAAGGUUUAAGCCUUAAAAUUGUCUUUGCCAAUGGAGAAAAAAAAACAUAGCACCUUCUCUUCUUCUUCUUCUAUUUUCUCAUUUUAUUUGAUACAAUCAAUUGAUUUCAUUUCCUUUUUUAUUUACAAUUUUCCUAAUUAAAUUUGUUGAAAAUAAACUUGGCUUGAUAUGGUACAUAAAUAUCACUUAUAAAAAAAAUAUAGUCAAUUGCAAAAAUAAAUUACUCUUUCUCUGUA